UCAGUCGCUGUACCAUGGUGGUGAACCGCGGAUCGGUACACGGCCAGAACGGAGAGAAGCUUUAGUUAGUAGCUUAGCGGCAGGCAUAGUGGCGAUCUCACGGUCCGGUUGCCCGCGUCCGAUCAUCGUGGUUUUCCCCAGCGAUCGUGAGUGAAUAAGACAAAGAAAACUAUCAACAGAGUGUGUGGUGUGUACGGCCUUAAGGUUUCCAGUUGAUAUUUUCCUCUCGCGGUUCGGAAAGUACCAGCGCGAUGGGGGUCCAUUGUGAUAUCCGUUUUACCAACAGUACGCACGGGACGUUUCUCAGCGGUCAACCGCUCACCGGCAGUGUCCAGCUGAAGCUGACCGAGGCGAAGAAGUUCAACGAAAUCACUCUACGUAUCAUCGGCCUUAGCCACGUGCAGUGGUCGGAGCAACGUGGUCAGGGCAGAAAUCGCCACACUGUAACAUUUUACGGCAAACGUGACCAUUUGGCGUCGGUGAAGGUGCUGGUGGCAAAACAGCAAAAUGGAUCUCCAACGGAGCUUCCGGCCGGUGAACACAUCUACGAAUUUGCCCUCGAUCUGCCUCCACAUCUGCCGACCUCGUUCGAGGGCUCGCUCGGACACUGCCGCUAUACCGCUCAGGUAGUAAUGGAUCGACCUUGGAAGUUUAAUCUUACGUACAAAGUGGGUUUUACCGUGGUCCAUCCGGUUGAUCUGAACACGGCCUCGCCGUCCAUACGGAUGCCGGCGCGUAUAGAAGAUGCGCGGGUGUUCUGCUGCGGUUGGUGGCGUACGAAACCGUUAUUCGUGCGCGUCACCGUCCCGUACACCGGGUUCGUUCCCGGUCAGGCUAUUCCGCUUCGAAUAGAAUUGAACAACCAGUCGGACCGUGUGGUUGAGGGAGUUAACAUGAAGCUGCUGCAGGAGAUAACCUACACGGUGGAACAUCCGAGAACGAAAACGCGAAAGGAAAAGCAUACGCUGGUGAAACAUAUCGGUGAUGGUGUGGCCGGGGAGCAGCAGAAGACUUACGAUCAGCGGCUAGUAGUGCCCACCGUGGCUCCUUCAUGUACUGGCAGUGAUCUCAUAAGCGUAUCCUACCGCUUGCACCUGACCGUUCGAGUAUCCGGCUGUGGUUCGGAUCCAGUGCUCGAUAUUCCACUCAUCAUUGGCACGACACCGUUGAUACUUCAGCAACCAGCAACGGUGGCCCUGCCGGCCACGGUUCCGUCAACCAGCACAAUAGGUUUCAACUUUGGUGGAACUUUGAGCCAACUCCCAACGGCACCUCCUCCAGUAGCGGCUGGUGGAGGGCAUUCUUUGACACGCGAAAACACACUACCUCCAGAAUAUCUUCCUCCACCAACGUACGAAGAAGCUAUGAAUGCGGCAACAGUGGUUAUCACCGACGACACCGAUACGAACGCCAUCGGAUCCAAACCGUUUGUGCCACUCUAUCCGUCCUACAACUUUGCCGAUGUUCAGUGGCCUCCGCUGCCUAGGAUGGAUCCCCCUCCAGUGCUUCUACCUCCAUCAUCGCCUCUUCCACCAAAGCAAUGACCAUGACUCGGAUGGAAGAAAUCACUUCAAAUUGCCUUAAAUGUUAAAGUUCUACAUGAAAUCAAUGUUUUCAAUGUUCGCUAUGAAAUCUCAUCUCAUAACUCUCUUCUUUAUUUAAGACGCCUUUUCUUCGCGGUGAACCGUUUCUUACAAUUUUAACAACAGUAGGCAUUUAUUGUGUUUUUGAAAUUUUGCCUUUACAUUUUAAGUAUGACAAUUUUUAUACACUUGAGCUAGAAGUUCAAAAACAAUUUACCAAUAGUAAUUGGGUACGCAUGUGCUAAUGCAGCACCGGUGUAAAGUGAUGUUACGGGAAUCAAAGAUACU